CGACAGCCGUGUUGAUGUUGAAAUGCUAUUCAGCCGAGCGGAUCUCUGAAACUGUCACCGAUCGGAACCGAGCUUGCUGCUGUUCAGUCCAUCAGCCGGUGAGGCGGCUCACUUCCUCUCCUGGGAUCUUAAAAAAAAAAUGGCGGCGGGUAGCGUCAACCCGUUUAACGCGAGCGACUCGGAGGAGGAAACGGAGCGGCGGAGACGCGACGGCGGUGACAGCGAGCAGCGCAGCCCGAGUGAUGAGGCUCAAGGCCGGAGCCCAGGGCCCUUCUCCCCUCCGCCGCCUGACGCGGAUCCCGGCUCGCUCUUGCUGUCCAGCAGCCGGACAGGCGCGGCCCCUGGGGCGGGCAGCGGCGCGGAGCCCCCGCGGGUGUCUGUGGACGCGAUCGCGGCGCAGCUGCUCCGGGAUCAGUACAUCCUCACGGCCUUGGAGCUGCACACUGAGCUGCUGGAGGCCGGCAGGGAGCUGCCCAGGCUCCGCGAUUACUUCUCCAACCCGGGCAACUUCGAGCGGCAGAGCGCCACACCACCCGCCUGCAAAGAGCAGGGACUCGGGCUCGGUGCUGCAGGAGCUCUGAAUCGGGCUGGCAGCAUCAGCACACUGGACUCGUUGGAUUUCACACGGUACUCAGACGACGGGAACAGGGAGUCGGACGAGAGGGUGGCGGUUCUGGAGUUUGAACUACGGAAAGCCAAGGAGACCAUUCAGGCUCUGCGCAACAACCUGACUCAGGCUGCAGAGUGUGAAAUCCCCUCCCAAGAGCGCAAAAACUACAAAUCCAGUCCUGAAAUUCAGGAACCCAUCCGCCCCCUGGAGAAACGAGCCUUAAAUUUUUUAGUGAACGAGUAUUUAUUAAAAAAUGAAUACAAGCUGUCAUCCAUCACCUUCUCUGAUGAAAAUGAUGAUCAGGAUUUUGAGUUGUGGGAUGACGUGGGCUUGAACAUUCCCAAACCUCCCGACCUGCUGCAGCUCUACAGAAACUGUGGCAGCAGCCAACAUUCGCGACAGGAAACUGUAGAUGUAGCUGUCGGCGUUGACGCUAGCGACCUGCCAGUGGACUACAUUACCCAGGAGCCUGUGCAGAAGAACGAGACCAUACAGCAGUCGGAGGUGGUGCAGGAGCUGGAGUACCAGAUCAGCCUGCUGAACAGUGAGAAAAAGAGUCUAGCUGAGCAAAUAAAGAAAUUACAGAGUGAGAUCCAGGGUCUGCAGAGGAACAUGGUGGUCCCUCCGGUAGCCCUGGUGGAGUGUGGGGAGUCAGAGUCACGGCUUCAGCGUGAGCAAGGUCUCCUGGAUAACGGCCAGUAUCUGGACAUACGAGGAGUCACAGAGCUUGACGCUAAUGCAGACUCCAAAUCUAGCAGUAACACUACCACUAACACCAGCGCCACCACGAUUACCACUACUGCCACUGCUGCUGAGAAUUCCUCUUCAUCUACACCCAACCACAGCAAGUUUAAAAGCCCUGACCAGCACAGCAAAGGCCCUGUACAGUUUGACCAACCAAACAGAAAGCUGUCUCCGGCCUUCCACCAAGCACUUUUGUCCUUCUGUCGAAUGUCUGCUGACAGCAGGCUUGGCUCUGAGGUGUCACGUAUCGCUGACAGUGAGGAGAGCGUGAUGCUGAUGCUGGGCCGCUGUCUGCCUCACAUUGUCCCCAAUGUCCUGCUUGCCAAGCGUGAGGAGCUCAUUCCACUCAUCCUGUGCACAGCCUGCCUCCACCCCGAGCCCAAAGAGAGAGACCAACUACUGCACAUCCUCUUCAACCUCAUCAAGAGACCUGACGAUGAGCAGAGACAAAUGAUCCUUAUGGGCUGUGUGGCUUUUGCACGGCAUGUGGGCCCAACGCGGGUGGAGGUGGAACUUUUACCACAGUGCUGGGAACAGAUAAACCACAAGUACCCAGAGAGGAGGCUGCUGGUGGCGGAGUCUUGUGGAGCGCUGGCCCCGUAUCUGCCGAAGGAGAUCCGCAGCUCUCUGGUGCUGUCCAUGCUGCAGCAGAUGUUGGCGGAGGACAAGGCCGAUAUGGUGCGAGAGGCUGUUGUCAAGAGUCUGGGUGUCAUCAUGGGGUAUAUUGACGACCCAGACAAAUACACCCAGGGCUUCGAGCUGAUGCUGCUGUCUUUGGGUGAUCUGUCAGAGAGAGUGAUCAGUGCCACACAUCAGGUGUUUAUUCCUGCCUUCGCAGCGUGGAGUACAGAGCUCGGCAACCUGCAGUCUCAUCUCAUCCCCUCACUGCUCAACCGCAUCGAGAAGCUGCUCCAGCAGGGUGAACACAGUUUGGAUGAACAUAAGCUGCACAUGUUCCUCUCGGCUCUGCAGUCUCUAAUCCCUCCGCUGUUUGGCGUGGUGCUCCAGAACGCACCGUUCACCAGCCGAGCCACACUGCAGAGUGACAUCACUCCCAUCGAGGUGACCCGGUUCCCGCGCCCGGCGUCUCCUCUGCAGGACGUGGCGUUCAUUGUGGGCAGCAGGGAGCAACUGGGUGCACUUCUGCAGCUGUAUGAACAUCAGCUCCAGCAUGAGGGUACCACAGGGUGGGAGAGCCUGCUGUGGGUGGUCAAUCAACUUCUUCCUCAGCUCAUCGAGAUCGUCGGCCGCAUUAACGUGGCCUCCACCACCUGCGUGCAUGAAUUCUCCAGAUUCUUCUGGCGGCUGUGCAGAACGUUCGGGAAAACAUUUACUAACACCAAGGUGAAGCCUCAGUUCCAAGAAAUCCUGCGGUUAUCCGAGGAGAACGUGGAUGCCUCAGCCGGUAAUGGCAUUUUGACCAAGGCGACGGUGCCCAUCUAUGCAACGGGGGUCCUGACAUGCUACAACCAGGAGGAAGACCGAAAGCUGUUGGUGGGCUUCCUGGAGGACGUUAUGACUACUCUGUCUCUUUCCCAUGCUCCGCUCGACAGUCUAAAAGCUUCCUUCGUAGAGCUCGGGGCGAACCCGGCCUACCAUGAGUUGCUGCUGACCGUGCUGUGGUACGGCGUGGUCCACACGUCUGCACUCGUUCGCUGCACUGCCGCACGCAUGUUUGAGCUGAUCCUUCGAGGCAUGAACGAAGCCUUAAUUGACAAGCGGGUAGCCCCGGCCCUAAUUACCUUGUGCAGUGGUCCCGAAUUCUCUGUGAGGAUUUCCACUAUCCCUGCAUUUGGAACCAUUAUGGAGACUGUAACACAAAGAGAGUUGCUGGAAAGAGUGAAAAUGCAGCUGGCUUCCUUUCUGGAAGACCCGCUGUAUCAGGAUCAGCAUUCCUUACACAUGGAGAUUAUUAAGACGUUUGGCAGGGUCGGCCCCAACGCCGAGCCUAGGUUCAGAGACGAGUUCGUCCUUCCGCAUUUGCACAAGCUGGCUAUGAGUAACAACAUACAGACGGUGGAGAACAAGCGCAUGGACAUUGCAGCCCAGUUGUUUGAGGCCUACAGUGCUCUGUCCUGCUGCUUCAUUUCUGAAGAGAUCAUGUUAAAUCAUUUUCUUCCUGGCCUGAGGUGCUUGAGAACCGACAUGGAGCAUCUUUCUCCAGAACAUGAGGUUAUUCUCAGCUCCAUGAUUAAGGAGUGUGAGCUGAAGGUGGAAAACCGAGCCAUGGGAGAAGCACAAGGGUCCAUGUCCAUCGCAGCGAGUCUGGUGGGUGAAGACGCAAAGACCAAGUUCCUGAGUAAGAUGGGUCAGCUGACCACGUCAGGUGCCAUGCUGGCCAACGUUUUCCAGAGAAAGAAGUGAAGCAAGCGCUGCUGGGGAAGUUUCCCAUGAGCCUCUGCUGUCUGGGACCUCCUACUUGAAGAAGUCAAACGUCUGCCUUCAUUUCAUCCGUUUUUUUUUUUGUUUUUUUUUUUAAAUAGGCUCCGUUUUAUAUCAUAUUUAUGUCUUAAAUGUACUAUAUUCCAACCUCCAAAGAAAAUUGCACUGUUUUUUUUUUGUUUGUUUGUUUUUGACAUAUUAUUUACGUCACUACGACUUUCUUUCUUUCGGGUUGUUUUUUUGCUUUCUUUGUUAAAUCUAUGAUGGAGAAAAGAUUCCUUCCCUGUCUUGCGCUCUUUCAUGUGUUGCAGUGUCUCUGAAAGGUGUUUUCUAUAAGUGUGUGUAAUGAAUUUCUUUCUCCUUUUGGAUAUGCUCAAACCGUAAAUAACUGUAUAAUACACUGAGAAGGAACAUACCUGUAUCCUGUAUAUUGGAAAUUGGUGUCAUAAUUAAAAAAAAAAAAGUGAA